GGCUCGAGGGCUGUGGCUGGGAUGCCACCGGGGAGGCCGGGCCCUGCCUGGGUGUGCCUCGUUACCCGCAUGGCAGGAAUGAGCCGGGCUCCGGCGCCAGCCCCGCUCCCUCCGCCCCGCCCGCGCACCUUAAAUCCCAGCCCACUGCGCCCGGGGCCCAGAUCCGGCUACCCAGGGCACCAUGGAGCUGCCGCCCGGCCGCCCCCUCCUCCUCCUCCUCCUCCUCCUCCUCGCAGCCCUGCUCCCCCUUGCCGCACGGUCCAGCCCGGCACCGCGCACAGAUGGAAGAGAGGAGCCGGGGAUGGAAAAGUCCGGGUACUGCUACCACAUCCCGGAGGUGGAGGACCUGCUGGAUGAAGACUGCAGCGCCUGUCGCAGGGAUGCCUCCUGCUCCCGCUGCACCAGUGAUGCCGGCUGCCCCGGUGCCACCAAGUGCUGCCCCAGCAAGUGUGGCUACACGUGCCAGGAGCCGGUGCUGGACUUCUGCUACCUGCCCUCCGUCUGCGGGAGCUGCAAGGCGCUCUUCCGCCGCUUCUUCUUCAACGCCUCCAGCCAGCAGUGCGAGGAGUUCAUCUACGGCGGCUGCGGCGGCAACAGGAACAACUUUGAGACCGAGGGCGAGUGCUUCCGAGCCUGCUCCCACAUCGUUCCAGGUGCCCGGUAGCGCCGGCCCGGGGAGCGCGGUGGCCUCUGCACGGCCCCUGCCCGGGGGAAGCUGCAGCCAGCGGCCACGUCCCCGUCCC